AUGGAGACUGCUCAACAGAAAAAGAAUGGUACUCGUGCAAGAAGAAAUGGGAGGCAGAAUAAAAGUAAACGGAAGUUGAAGAUAUUUCUUCAGGGCACAGGAAGUGUCUUAAUCCUUCCUGGCUGUCAUGUUUGUUCCUGCAAGACAUUUUUCUUCGCAAAGAAGAAUCAAAAAACAACUAUUACCACAUCAAAAAAUUUGCUCUUUUCAGAAGUGCGAGGAAGGAAAUGGAAAGGUGAAGGUACGACACAGAACUUGGAAAGCAUUUUCAUUGGAAGGUGUUAUGACUAUAUCAGAAUUGUGAAUCCUGCUGUUGGUGAGAAGAAUUGCUUGGAGUUAUGGGAAGCUUUCAGAAAUGCUUUCAUUAACAAGCAUCCUUGCAACAUUCUACCUAAGGACUAUGAAUUAUUUAUCAAACUGGCAUUUCACACAAUUCCAGCUAACAAGUCUCUCUUCUGGGAAAAUAAUCAGCUGCUAGUCAAGAGCUUUACCAGCGGAGCUCGUCGCUACAUGUCUCUGAGUGAUGCUCUCUUUGGCUUCGUUGCAGAUUUUCUAGUCUGGUGUGGGCAGGCCAACAGCACUGGACUGGACUAUGAAUCUUGCCCUACCAUGGAAGAAUGUGAAAACAAUGCAGUGGAUUCUUUCUGGAGGAUGGCUUCAAUCACUUAUGCACAGCACAGCUCUGGGGUGAUACAUGUCUUGUUGAAUGGUUCUGCAGAAGGAGGAGCUUAUCCAGUCAAAGGAUUUUUUGCAGAUUAUGAAAUACCUAAUCUCCAGAAAGACAAGAUCUCAAAAAUUGUGAUCUGGGUUGUGGAUGAUAUUCAAGGACCAGAUAGAGAUUCCUGUGGAAAAAAUACUGUAAAGAUAUUAGAAGACCGACUGAAAGCCCUUGGCUAUGAUGUCACCUGCACUGACAAUUACAAGCCUGUACUGUUCUUACUCUGUGUGGAUUAUCCUGAUGACUCUAACUGUAUUCUGUCAUCCAGAGAUACGGAUUGCCUAAAAAUAUGGGAAUCGUUAAAAUAUGCGUUCAUUUACAAGAAUCCCUGUAACACUACCGCAGAAGAUUAUCAGCCUUUAAUGGAGUUGGCAAGUCAUCCCAUACCCUGCAACAAGUCACUGUUUUGGAGCAAGACAAACGACCUCGCUCAUCGUUACACAAAAUCCAGCCACGGUUUCCUAACCUUGGAGGACACCUUGCUGGGUUAUAUGUUUGAUGGUGUUUCGUGGUGUGGAGACCCUUCGGUCCCAGGAAUCAACUACGAAUCUUGUCCAAAACGGAGUGAAUGUGAGAGCAACCCUGGCUCUGUAUUCUGGAAAACAGCUUCCAAGAGGUUUGCAGAAGCAGCAUGUGGUGUGGUUCAGGUGAUGCUUAAUGGAUCGAUAGAAGCCGGAGCUUUCAGAAGCAGCAGCAUUUUUGGAAGUAUUGAGGUCUUUAACUUAAAUCCAGAUAAAGUCUCUGAAAUACAGAUUUGGCUUAUGCAUGACAUCGGUGGACCCCAAAGUGAGUCAUGCUCAGGUCAUUCCAUACAGAGGUUAAAACGCAUCUUAGAAGAGAGAAACUUCACAAUCACCUGUGAAGACAAUUACAGGCCAGUCCAGCUCCUUCAGUGUGUACGUAAUCCUGACCACGAGGACUGCAGGCUUUGCCCCAGCAGCAUGGAAACUUCGUGAAACAGGGUGCUCCACACUUUUUGAUUUUUUUAUUAUUAUCAUCUGUGUGUAAAACUGGAAAAGACGUGGCUACAUAGCUUAGAGGGACAAAUAGUGCUAUGGUGUACAGAGCCAAUAACCAGCAGUCCUUGCUGUGAUACUAACAGCCAAGUAGCAGGAGGUGGUACCUUACGUGUGAUUCCUGUACACACAUGAGCAAACAAAUGUACUGUUUCAGGAGGGCCAGGGACUUGUUCGAUGGUUGAGGGCUGAAGCUUCGUUUUGUUUUCUUCCCUCUUGUGCAGCUCCCAUUGUGCACAGAGCACCAGGGCAGGGCUCCCUGGGGCGUUUCCAGUGGAGACACAACUUGCUGUGAUCAGUGUGCUGCCUCAGAAAGGCUGGAAGGGAAAUGGCAGGAGCACAUGGAAUAUCCCCCAGCAGGGAAUAUUGCCCAGUGGCACACGUUAUAGACACCAAUGAUUUGUACAGGUCAGGGGAAUCAAUAAGGGAGGCCUGGGAUUUCUCCUGUAGCUGCAUCUGGAGGUUGGAGGUUUCAUUUAUUGGGCAAUGCCCUGGAGCCAGGCAGAGCCAGGCAGGGCUCUGAUCCUUCCUCCCAGGGACUGUGGCACCUCUGAUCAUGCAAAGCAGAUGACGGAAGAGAUAAAGCAAUUCUUACCUUCUAAUGGGCACCACACUAAGUGGCUGGUGGGGAAACAGCAGAGCUGAGCCAAGAAGAGACCAGAAGCUGCUCAGAGCAUUGCCAGCAUCUGUAAGAACACAUCUGGUGGGUAGCUGGGUAGAGAAAGUAGCAAGACUGACUCAGGCAUUCCCAUUGAAACCCUACUGGAAGCAUAGUUGUGGUUCAGGUUGCAUUCUUUUCUUAAUAUAGCAGUAAGUGUGAGCCUCCCAGCUUUCAUAAAGGGCCCCUCAGGCCAGAGCUUGGCCAUCCACUGGGAUAGACACAAACAUCCAGAGGCUGCCGCAGUAAGGAGUCUCUCCUGACCUCAGGUGCUGAGGUGAAAGGUGAGGCCUUGCAGUGUGUGACUCACAAGCAGAAGGUUGUGAUGCCGUGUAUUUUAGUGACCACACAAGCUAGUAUAACUUGGAGCACCUCUAGGUAAACCUUUGCUCUAUAAUACAGGAGCCCGCACUGGGCAUAGCUUGACCAUACCCAAGCCCUUGCCCAUAAUGUUUACAUGAAUUGAAAUGAUUUUUAUUUGCACUCUGCAAUGUAACUGCUUAGAUGCAUUGACUCAGACAUACAUUAAUACUUGUAAAUAGGCUAUUAUUGACUAUAAGUCAAGAGUCUGUCUUCAAGCUCACUUUUGUACUUUUUCUGAUGUACUAUAAAACAUUGACUGUCAAAUCAAGAUCUCUAAUAAAAUCGCUAAUGGCAAAUGCUGUUAA